UGAGUAUUACGCCUCUGCAGACCAUCAGGUCGUGGACCUUGGAUUCUCUUCCUAUGACUGCUCACAGCUAUUUUAUUGAAAUUUUUUUGCUAACAUCCUUCAUAACCGUAGUACAGUAAGACAUGGCUGUCAACAUUCCAGGUCUGGUUGCCGUUAUCGUCUUUUACAUCAUCAUUUUGGUUAUUGGCAUCUGGGCUUCUAAAAGGUCUAAGAAGGAGGAGAAGAAAUGCUCUGGAGAGAGAAGUGAAGUGACUAUAGUGGGAGGAAGGAACCUCAAUGCCUGGGUGGGCGUUUUUACAUUGACUGCCACCUGGGUUGGCGGUGGAUACAUCCUGGGUACAGCAGAAGUGGUCUACACCCCAACACAGGGUCUGUUUUGGGCCUUAGGACCUUUGGGAUAUGCAGCCAGCUUAUUUCUUGGUGGCAUUUACUUUGUGAAGCCAAUGAGGGACAAAAAGUAUCUGACAAUGAUCGAUCCCUUCCAGGAGAAGUAUGGCAAUGUGCUAUCCAGCCUGCUUGUUGUUACCUCUGUGUUUUCAGAUGUGUUUUGGACGGCCUGCAUCCUGUCAGCAUUAGGAGGAACAAUAGAAGUCAUCUUGGACAUCUCUUCUUACCACUCCAUCCUGGUCUCUGCAGCGGUGGCUAUUUUUUACACUUUGCUAGGCGGCUUAUACUCUGUAGUCUACACAGAUGUAAUCCAGCUCUUCUUCAUUGCCAUCAGCCUGUGGAUUUGUGUUCCCUUCCUUAUGAUGAGUCCAGCAGUUACUAACAUCCUGGUGACUGCUUCAGAGGAGUUAUAUCAGAAGCCAUGGAUCACAGAAGUGGACUUAGAGCACCUUGGAAAUUGGUUGGAUGAAUUGUUCAUCAUUACCCUCGGAGGAGUGUGCUACCAGUCCUUCUACCAACGAGUUCUGGCAACAUCAAGUGUACGACAAGGGCAGAUAAUGUGCCACUUAUCAGGUGUCUUUUGCUUCAUUCUGGGGAUUCCAUCAGUCCUCAUUGGAGCCAUUGCAGCUUCCACAGACUGGAACCAAACCAGCUAUGGUUUUCCAACUCCUUUUGACAACGGGGAUGCCCGGAAGAUCCUGCCCAUUUCCUUGCAACACCUUUGCCCCAAAUUCAUUUCUGUUAUUGGUAUUGGGGCUGUAGCUUCUGCAGUCAUGUCUUCUGUAGAUUCAUCUCUCCUCAGUUCUGCCUCCAUGUUUGCACACAACAUCUACAAAAAGCUCAUCAGGAAGAAGGCAUCCGGCAAAGAGGUCCUGUGGGCAAUCAGGAUUGGGGUGCUGUUCUUUGGAGCUGUUGGCACAUGCCUGGCAUUGAUGGCACAAUCAGUGUACGAGCUCUGGAUCUUGAGUGCUGAGAUGGUGUUCUCCCUCAUUUUCUCCCAGCUGGUGUGCGUCUUGUUUGUUCCUUCUUCUAAUGGCUACGGUGCUCUGGCGGGAUUCUUCGUAGAAUUAAUUAUGAGAGUUGCAGGGGGAGAACCCUUCCUCAGAAUUCCCCCUCUUAUUCAUUAUCCCGGAGGCACAUUCAUAGAUGGUGUCUAUAUUCAGAGGUUUCCUUUUAAAACUUUAACGGUAGGGAUUUCCCUGGUGACCAUUGUGGCGGUUUCCCAUCUGUCCUAUUUCCUUUUUAACAGGGGACUACUCUCAGAGUGUUGCGAUAUAUACAGUGUCAAGGAAAAAAUCAAGAAAGAUGUGGCCACAGAAAAUGCAGAUGGGCAGAAGAUUUCUGAUAGAGAAAGGCAUGACAUGUCAGAGCUCAUGUCAUGAUUACCUGUUGCUUCCACCCUUUGAAACAACCUGCUGCAUUGAUGUCUAGCUGUGGUGUAUUGUGGUUGGGACCUAGGGUGAGCAUAUUUUUCCUUGCAGAUCCUUUACUACAUAGACCAUACCAGAAUGCUCCAAAGCCCAUCUAUUUUCUAACCCAUCUGUAGUUGUCAGCCUGGUCACUAUCAGGAUUGACUGCUGCUGCAGUUAAGAACUUACCCCUUUCUUACAGAUUAACUCGAGGUUUCCAAUUUUGCUUAAAAUGUAAUCAGAGUAUGAGUGUGAAAAUAAUGCCAGUAUAACCUGGAUAAUAAUCAGUUCAGCUUGCUUGUUUAGGUGACUAGGCGGCUCCGUCCAGCAUGGCCCGUAGAUGGAAUGGUCCAGAUACAUCAUGGUCCCUCUAUGGAUGUGAUAGCAGUAACAGCACUAUGGCUGUCUGCAUAAAUGGAGCAACAGACACAACAGCAUGCCACUGUAAACCUCUUUUGGGUUCAGCCACCACUGGGGCUGUAUUGCAUCAGCUACCUCUUUGGCACGAUUCAGCCUCUAUUCUAUCCCUGGCUUUUAUCUCGGCCACUACUAUUCUAAAACUUGUCCUCCUUCUGAAAGCUCAUAAAUUCUACUGUACCUCUGCAAUGAAAUCCAUGCUUCUGAUGUCACAAGUAGAGUUUCAAAUAAGCAGCUUUGCACUCAGUGGGAUGCAAGAUAUAGGAAAGCACUCUUGCAUAAUCAAACCAGCACCUUCAACCCCACCAACCAUAAACUGCACACCCCAGAGUAACAUAUUAACAAAAGUUCUUACUUGACCUGGUUGGGUCAGAAAUGUGGUAAACAUUUCAACACAAGCUAGCUUACAAGCUGGAUAAUGUACACAAACAACAAGCUGGAGGUGCCCCUUGAAUAUUUUUAUUUUUAAAAUAAACUUAUAGCUCAAACUUAUUUGAUAAAGACAAUUUUACAAAACAAAAAUAAUAUUAUAACCUACAAUACCAGUCAAGAUACUUGCUUUUGUC